GAUAAGGUUCUUCUGUUGUGGGAUGACUUUUGCGCUCAUUGGACAACGGAGGUGACAAGUUACGCAGCUUCGCUGAAUAUCGUGCUCUUGAAGAUCCCCCCGAGAUAUACGUACGUAUGUCAGCCGGCUGACAUAGCCUGGAAUAAGCCUUUCAAGGACAAGAAAAUCGCCGAGCUCCGUGAACAGCACGUGGAAAAGGCGUUUGCACUGGUGGGUCCUUCUCGAACGCACAUGACAGAGUGGAUCACGUCAAGUUGGUUUGCACUGUCGGCAUCUACCAUACUGAGCGGGUUUUCUAGGACGGGGUUG